GGGGGUUCGAGCGGUUGGAGGCAGUCAGUGAUUUGAGUGAAUUCCUGGAUCCAGUGUAUAUCACAGCAAGUCCAUGUCAUUCAGCUGAAGAUCACUGGAGCAUUCUCCAGAAAGAUUGACAAGUGCUGCAACACCUGCCUCGUGAAAUGUUAGUGCCAUCCACGGUAGCUCCUCCGCUGUUCCGCAAACGCUCCCAAGUGUCUUCCCUGUCAACUCUCUGUUAAAGCAGGUUAAACCUUGACGAAUCACUCACAGAAUGGAUUACUCAGCAGCCGUUGAGGAUGCAGUACGUCGUUUUUACUCAACAGGUGCAAAUGAUGCGCAUCUUUGGUUGCUGCAGUUUCAGGCGUCGCAUGAGGCCUGGACACAUAUCUGGCCACUACUGGAACCGAGUCGUUCCUGCGAGGUGCAAUUCUUCGCAGCGACAACUCUUCAUGCAAAAAUUUCAAAACAAUGGAACGAGGUGCCACCUUCAGACUACAGCGACCUGAGAAAUCGAAUUCUCACGCUCAUGAAGAACUCGACGACAUCAAAGCUGGUGCUGGCUCGUCUGUGCCAAGCAUUAGCUGCUUUUUUGGCGAGCAGUGAUGGUCUUGAGGGUAAGAACGAGAGCGAGGGAAUGAUAGAUGAUCUGAUCCGGAUGUUUCCCUAUGAUAAUCAGAGUAGUCUAGACCUACUGCUAAGAGUUUUAAUAGCCCUUCCCCGGGAGUUCGAAAAGAAAUGUGGCCUGAAGAGGCCAAAACUGAGAGACAAUCUGGUGGCGAGCUGGUGCAAAACAUCUUGGUUACUUCGUCAAGUGUUCACAACAUACGAAGGGACUCCUCCUCAGUCUUCAGACGACUCUCUCUAUCUUUUGUCUAUAGAGUGUGCCCUAGCCUGGCUAAAGGUGGGGCCACUCCCAGUGGAUAGCCUCGUCGAUCUCUAUCCCCAUUUGGUGAUAGCAGCUUCCAAUUAUGUUCCCACCACUGAAGACGCCAUCGAGGAUGCCAGGGGGUGGGAACUCGUCCAGGAGUGCCUGAUACUAGCAAUUGCUCACUCAGAUCUGCCAAAACGCCCCCAACUCCUGUGGGAGUGGUGCAGAGGUCUUGUCAGUGUUGCAGAGCAGAAGGGAGGCAUUCAUUUCUCCGAGCUGCUCACCUCCUUGGGAGAUAUUCACAGUCGAUUCAUCCUCUUAUCCUUGACUGAAGACGCCGAUGAGAGCCACAGGUGGACGUCAGAGACCCUGAUAAAACUCUUACUCGAGUGCUCAGAACUGCCAGGACGAUAUCCCAUCGAGGAGAGAAAGAGUUGCAUUCCUUUUGGGUUCUGGUUCUCCUUCCAGGAUAAUGUCACCACUUUUGAUCCGCCUGUGGAGGAUCGAGCCAGGAAUGCCCUCAAGCCUAUCUAUGCCAGGCUAGCUCAGGCAUUACUCAGAAAAGCGACACUUCCCUCCUGUCCUGACGAGGCCGGCGAUGCCGAUGAGAGGGAAUUACUGAGGUGCUACAGGCAGGAUGCUGCUGACACUUUCACCUACUGCUACAACAUCCUGGGAUAUGAAUUACUGAUUCUCCUGGGGAGGAGACUCACACAGCCUCAAGAUAAUCAGAAGUGGACUGACGUCGAGUCGAGCCUUCAUGCCUUUCAGGCACUCUGUGAUAGCGUAGGCACACAGGAGACUGAAUACGUGCCUGCGCUGAUAGAUAUCGUUCUCUCGCACAUACCUUAUCAGAAUUACCCCAAAGAGGUUCUCGCCAGUGCUUGCUCAACUAUUGGGGCUUACGCUGAGUGGAUUGGGGAGAAUCCCGAUCCCUGGUUGGAGAGAUCCCUUCAGCUGGUGACUCUGGGGCUGACUCAGGGCUCAGUGGCAUCAACCCCUGCUUCCAUGGCACUCAAGGACAUAUCUAGAGAGGGUGGGCCUCAUCUGGCACCUCUCGCACCUUCGAUCCUCGAAACAAUCUCCAGGACUCUCCCUGUGGUGCCCCCAGGGGGCGGCGAGGGGCUCAGACUCAUGUAUGCAGCCGGAAAACUCCUCAAUUCACUGUCAAGCACUGAGGAACAGCUCAAAUAUCUCGAUGCUACGCUCGGAUUGUGCGUUAUGAGGCUCCAGGUGUUCCUCAGACAUCCCAUCAACACUGGGAGAGUUGCUGUUGCUAAUCAGCUGAAGAUGAUCACUAUGUUCCUUUCGACUCUCGAGGGAGCUAUUGGAAAAUCUGUACUCGAUGGACUUGUCCCUAUUUUUGAGCAGAUCGUCGCUCAUUCAGAGUGGGGCCACGACGAUGUCAUCCUCGAGGCAAUGCACACUUGUGCUCAGAAGUCUUUGCAGUGUCUUCUGCAUCCUGAGACUGAAGCUACACCUCUUCUACUUAUUUUGGUGAAUUCGUACAAGGUCAAGCCUCAUCCUGCUGCUCUCGGGCUACUUAGGCAAAUGGUUUUGCUAUGUGGGAGUGAUAUUAAGUGUGGAAUUGGUACGAUCUUCGGGGAGAUCUCUGGGUACAGUUUAAGGGGAUUUAAAGCUUGUGAGACCAGUGGGGGUGAUCUGUCGGAGUUGUCUGAUUUACUGGAGGCGUAUUUAGGACUUUUGGCUCAGGUCUGCAAGAAGACUCCUAUGCUCAUGUUACAUGUGCCUGAUCAGGUGCCCGAUAUGCUUCGAUGUGGUAUUACUGGUUUAGGAUUACCGGAAUAUGGAGUUACCAAAGCUGCUGGGACGUUCCUAGCGCACGCUGUAAAGAGCCGACAUUUGAAUUCAUUUGUAUCAAUGGUUGGGCAGGAGCUUGUUUGUAUGAUCUUACAUUCUGUCGGAGGACGAAUACCAAAAUCUAAUCUAGAGUCUCACGCACGUGUCCUAUUGUCUCUGAAUGACAGCUUUGGCGAAUACACGGGACAAUGGCUGAGACUGGCUGUCGCUGACUCAACAGCAUUGACGACACCCGGACAGAAGGAAGACUUCACCAGAAAUGUUUUGAGGGAGAGAAACAGCAAAAGAUUGUUCGAGACACUUCUGAAAUUCAGCUUGCAGUGUCAAAAACCUGUGAUAGGACUGUAGAUAAUAUUUACAAUGAAUUCUUUAGUUGAGUGGACCUGGAGAUUAGAAUACGCUUAAUGCUUCGCAUCGUACAGAGGAAAUUCUCACCUCAAAUCUCAAUUAACAAGUUUAAAUAUCAAGCAAAUAUUUUCAAUAGGACAUUUUGUAAAUUCUCUUCCAUUAUUUUUCCAAUUUUCCGAGGUUAGGGAGUUGAAUUCUCAAUCAAGAGAUGUUCUGUCGAUUUUUAAAUACUAUCUAGGGACUCGGUGGAUUUCUCAGAUCAUGUCUGUCUUGAUAUUCCAUUCAACUGCUAAAUACACCAGUUGAUGGUUAAAUUGAUGCCAAUAUUUUAUGUUGGAUCUGCUUCUCUUAGAAUUUUUCAUUAAUAAAAUUAUUGAUUCUGAAUAUCCUUUAACGAUUCAUUUCUUUUUUUUUUAAGGUAUUCGAGUAUUUCUUUUAGACUUUUUGCAAUCAUAGAAUUAUUUAAGGGUCGGUGCAGACAAAUUUGAUAAUUGAAAAACAACUUGAAAAUUCCUAAUCGUUUGUUGCACUAGUGGGGAGGCUCUGACAAUAAAUUUGGGAUCUCGGAACUGUUGCGUUUACGGGAGAUUGAGUUGAGGCUGUGCCAUUAAAUGAUAGGAAAAAAACAAUAUAAAUAGCAUUUAGAAAAAUUGUACCUUGUGAUUAUUUAUUCAUGUUCUAUUUGAAUGUUUUUCGCAGAUUCUACAAAAUGAAACAAAAAAUGUCAUUCAUGCCCCAAUUUCUUUACAAAAUUCUUCAAGUUAAUGUAAACCUUCGUUAUCGUACCCCGAAUUAUCAUCAAUAUUGGCAGCAGAGUCAGUUUCAAGUUUACAUUAGUGAAUAUCAUAUGCAUAUGAUUGCAAUUAUCAAACAAACACUGUUUCUUCCUUUUUGUAAGAAAAUACGAAAGAAUCCCAAGACAAACGAAUUCACCAUCUUUAUCACACACAUUCGAGCUUUGAUUUCACCCAAAAACUAAAAGAUGUAUGAAUAAAUAAAAAAGAAAAAGUACUUUAAAUGUUUUCAAUAAUUUCAAAACUCAAUAAUACUAAACGCCGUGUCAAAAUACUAAUAAAGUUGCGGAAAAUCAGAGUAAAAUAAUUAAUUGUUCUGCUGAAUAAGUGAAUUAAGUGAAAGCUACUUCAAAAAGACGCAUUUUGACGUUUAGAGAAAAAAGAAUCUCACGUUUAUACAAUUUGUAAAUAAGAUGCUGAUAAUCUGGUUUCAUGGAAUUAAUUCAGCAGCAAAGUGAUUAAAUUCCCAAAUCUAUCGACAUCACGUUAAAACAUCAAAGGACCUGUCUGUAGUUAAUUUCAUUUCCCACAAAGAAUGCCUUUGACAUAUCCUC